AUGGCAGUGGAUACUCUAUCAGCCAGAAACAUUGAAGCAGACUUUCACCACUUUUCCGAAGAAAAGUCAGUUCCUGCGUCAAAAUGGAAGACCACCAAGCCAGUUCGUGCUACGGAAGAAUCAUUUCUCGAUCUUUUGGAAGGUCGAACCCCCCUCCUCCACGAAGCUGAGUUCCUUUCCAAGGAGGACUGCUCCAAGCUAGCAAAAGCUCUAGAGCCAAGAUUCACGCCAUAUCUACAUGCUAUUGGUCCACAAUUGGACAAAGUGGGCAUUGCCCAGUUUGAAUUUCAAGCGCAGAGCCAAGAUGAUGUGAAAAACAGGUCCGGAAAUGAAAAGCAGCAAUACUUCCAGGCAGUACGUGAGUUGGGCGACUCGCAUGAAAGGUUGGCCGCGGAGGUUGGCCUUAAUGCAUUUGCAAAGGUCUUUGAUUUCAUCAAAUCAAUUGCACCUGAAAACUGGGAAGUCAUGCUAGCUACAGAGGUAGUAGAGGACGAGGGGACGAAUGGUGUGUCCGAAACGCAGUCUUACUUUGCCGGCAUUGUUCGAGGAAUCAACAACGGGACGCCAAUUCAUUGCGAUUGGGUCCCUUACGACACUCGGACGGAAUCGUGGUCGAUUAGCCGAGUGACGCACCAAGCUGUCUUUAAUUUAAGCUUAUCCCCACCACCGCCAAAUAGUGGAGGGACUACCGUACACGAUGUGCAGUGGUCCCCUGAAGCAUUGGCCUUCCGUGACCCAGAAGGUUAUGGGUACUUUCCAGGGCUUGUCGAGGGUCAUAAACGCGCGGAUUUCCAACCUUGCGUUGGUGAUCUUUACUUCUUCAACUCUCGUAAUAUGCACGAAGUCCAUCCUGUUCCAGCUGAAGCUGGGAGGCGCCGUACGGGGAUGUCAAGCUUCUUUGGUGUGUUACCGCCAUUGAACGAAGGCGAAAAGACGAAGUUGGUGUUUUGGUCUUAG